CCUCCUGUCCCCCGUUAUCUCUCCCCUCAUCCCAACGCUAAUGGUCGCUCAUUCAGUUAGCAACGGUGACUGCACAGAAACACUCUGCUGCUUGUUAUGGUGAGAUGGGCCCUUUUUUUUUUUUUCUGUCAGAGGACCACAUUAUGCAGAGGAGGCCAUCAGCUUUUCCAUUCUGAGCUUCACAAAUGAAGACAAAGGCGACCCAGCAUUCAUUUUGUCUGCUUCCAUUUCCACCCGAGCUCCUGGGGAAUAUAUGGAAUCUGCAGCAGUUUUAAUUUAACAGGAUCAUUAAGUUUGCCGGAUAUUUUUUUUUAUAUCCACAAUGGAGCAGAGGGCGCUGCUGGAGCAGAAGCAGCGACGGAAACGUCAGGAGCCCAUGAUGGUCCAGCCCAACACCGAGACCCGGCCCCGGCGGUACCGGACGCGGCGCGGAGAGGAGCAGGACCCGCUGGUGGAGUCUCAGCUCGGCUCCGGCAGCGACGUGGUCAUCGACGGUAUUGAUGGACCGGCAGCCUUCCUGAAUUCAGAACCCCCUGAUGUGGGAACGAAAAUCCAAGUUCAGUCAGCGAACCAGUGCCAGUCUCCUCAGGCUGCUCAGGCUCCUCAUCAGCCUCCGUCUCAGCGCCAGUCACCUGCAGCCGAAGAAACGGAACGAGACGGAGACACCGAGACGCUGCUGGAGCCCAAGACAGACAUCCAGGAGCUGCUGCAGAGGGAAGGUCUGUGUGGAAGCAUGAACUUCGACGAAUCCAGCGAGCAGGAGGAAGAGACGGACGAGGAGCGGAUAUGUUCUCCGUCCUCCCACGGCGACGUUCCCAGACCCGCCUCUGCUUCUAGCGGCAAAAACAUUCCUGAGACUGCGAUCCCUGGAUCGCCUUCUGCAGAGAGCGUCCUUGCAGAUGCGGCCAACCUGGAGGAGUUCGUGCUGUGCCCGGCACCUCGCGGCAUCACCAUCAAAUGCAGGAUUACCCGGGACAAGAAGGGAAUGGACCGGGGCCUCUACCCCACCUACUUCAUGCACAUGGAGCGAGAAGACGGAAGAAGGGAGUUUUUGUUGGCUGGAAGAAAGAGAAAGAAGAGCAAAACGUCCAACUACCUCAUUUCAGUGGAUGCCACAGAUCUGUCACGAGAUGGCGAGAGCUUCAUCGGUAAACUGAGAUCCAACUACACGGGCACCAAAUUCACCGUGUACGACAACGGCACCAAUCCCUGCAAAAACCUCGGGACGCUGCUAGAGGAAAGCAACACGCGCCAGGAGCUGGCAGCUAUCUGCUACGAUACCAACCUGCUGGGCUUCAAAGGGCCGCGUAAGAUGACCGUCGUCCUCCCAGGGAUGAACAUGAACUUUGAGCGCAUUCCCGUGAGACCUCAAAAUGAACAGGAGAGCCUGGUGGGCAGGUGGCAGGGCAACGGGAUGGAAAACCUGAUCGAGUUACACAACAAGGCCCCCGUCUGGAACGACGACACCCAGUCGUACGUCUUGAACUUCCACGGCCGCGUCACCCAAGCGUCGGUGAAAAACUUCCAGAUAGUGCACGACAACGACCCUGACUACAUCGUCAUGCAGUUUGGGAGAGUCGCCGAAGACAUCUUCACCCUCGACUACAAUUAUCCCAUGUGUGCUCUCCAAGCCUUUGCCAUCGGGCUGUCCAGCUUCGACAACAAGCUGGCCUGUGAGUAGCAGGAAGGAUGCGCUGCGAGCAAAACCGCGUCUCCUUCAGCUGCUGCCGUGUUUUGUUUUUUUUUCUGGGUUUUUUUAUGUUGUAAUAUAGCUUUCCGUGGGGAGUUGAAGAUGAUCCGAUCCAUCUGUGUGCAGCUGGUGUUUAUAUGUAAAAAGACAUGUACAGGUUAAAAGGGAAAUGAUAAACUCCAUUAUCUGAUGAAACACUACGUAUAAGGAGAGCUGAUGUCGUGCUUCUGAGCUCGUCUGAAGAUAUGUGGACCGAUCUUGUAUUCUCUGUGACUAUUUAAUCCUGUUUUGGUCUUUUGGUUCGGUGCUUUUACAGCACAUUACUUUCUCUCUGGCACCAUCUUCAGGACAAACUAUGUUAAUCUGCCUCAACAGAAGAGUGGGGUCAAAUUUUUAUUUUAUUUUUUUCCCCUUUUACUUUAAUUAAGAAAUCAUCAACAUAUCCUUAUGACCACUAAUUUAAAUCCCUCUUGCUAUGCAGCGUCAUUUAUUCUUGUGUCUAAGGUGCAUUUUAAGCAGACCGUCUGUGCAUGUGUCCAGACUUCUCUUUUUUUUUUUUCUCACUAACAUUUAUCUCUUGUCUAUUCAGCUUAAUUACAAGAAGAAACAUAAAUGCAAACUUGCACAUUUUAAGACAAAAACGACACACAUGAACUGUUGUUUUUAUGCCUUUAGCCAGUAUAGAAAAGAUCAUAAAGACAAUCUUUUUUUAUUUCAGCUAAAGUUAAAACACUAGUGCGCUUUUAUUCUGGUGGUCAGAUACACAUAUUGGUUUUUUUUUUGUUUCUAAAUUAUGUUUAAUGGGCAUUAAUCAGAAGAGCCAAACAGAAGUUAAAACAAAUUUUAAAACAUAUUUAGUUCCUCUCUACAUUAUAACCGGCUGUGUGUCGAUACUUUUUUUUAUUUUUAUCAUUUUGUACUGAUUCAGGGUUGGUUGAAGCUGACAGAAUUUCAUUUUAAUCCACAAACAUGGUAAAAGUUACACACACAGGCUUAAAUACACUGCUCAAAAAAAAUAAAGGGAACACUAAAAUAACAUCCUAGAGCUGAAUGAAUGAAAUAUUUUUAUUUAAUACUUCUGUAUUUCUUGACAUAGUUGAAUGUACUGACAACAAAAUCACACAAAAACAAUCAAUGGAAAUCAAAUUGAUUAACCCAGGGAGGUCUGGACUGUGAGACACACUACAGGCAUAUCCAACUUUGAUGUAAUGUCCUUUAAAAUGCAUAACCCUCACCUGUGGACGUCAGGCCCUCACACCAUCCUCAUGGAGUCUCUUUCUGAUCGUUUGAGCAGACAUAUGCACAUUUGUGCCCUGCUGGAGGUCAUGUUGCAGAGCUCUGGCAAUGCUCCUCCUGUUCCUCCUUGCACAAAGGCA